AUGGAGGCGUCGAAUAGGAAUGACCUGAAUGGCACAAUAGGAAACAGCUGUGAAGAAGCCCAGGCUUUCAAUAAUGGUCGUAAGAAACUUGGCGUGCCUCUCGUCCAGAGGAGGAUAGUGCGCCGAUGGAUCUGCAACCGCAACGUUUUGAACAACGCCAUGUGCUCCCACGGGGCUUUGUUUGAGAUUCUCUCGAGAUGGCGGCUAGAACUCCAAAAUGGGCCUCGAAACGCCAAGAAGGUCACCAAGCAGCGGGCGGGGCGUCAAUUGUGGACAAGAGGAAGAGAAGAAGGCGACUAG